CCCCUGCAGGUCAGCUGUUGUAAAGCAGUAAACAAACAAACAAACGGUUGACGUCACAAUUGUGCGCGGUGCGGCCCUGGACAGUGAUUGGUCCUUCCCGCCAAAGCAAUCAGACGUCAGAGAAGAGGACGCUCAAAGAUGGCGGACAGCGGGCCCAGCAGCGUAGCCGGACCUCCAGUGGACCCAGAUUCGAAGAAUCUAAAGCUGCCGGAGCUGUUGGAGCUCGGUUGGAAGAUCUACGAGGAGGUGGACAACACGAACGAGCCCCUCAACUCCAGCAGCGUGCAGGCCCGGGUGAGGCGCGGUGUCAGCGCGCUGGAGGAGGCGGCGGCCAUGGUGGCGCAGCUGGAGCUCUUCAGCCGCAACGAGGACCUGGAGGAAGUGGCCACGGCCGACCUCAGGUUCCUGCUGCUGCCCGCGCUGCUCGGAGCGCUGCAGCUGAAGCUGAGCGACCGUGCCCGGCGGCUGCAGCACCUCUGCUCCGCCAGGGAGCUCUUUCUGGACUUCCUCCGGAGGUGUAAAGACUACGGCCUCUGCAAAGCCGACCUGCCCGAACCCGGCGAGGCCGACAGUCCAGAAGAAGCAGAGUCUGAGCCCGGACGCGAUGGCCCAGGAGCGCCGUCUGGUCCUGGGGGUCAGCCAAGCCUGGCUGCCAUGGCAAUGAGGAGACAGUGUAAAAUUGAGCAGCACCGGCAGAAGAAGGAGCUGGAGGCCCGACUGUCUGAGGUCAGGAAGGCUGUGGAGAGUGGACGGGCCGACGAUGAGGUCACCAGAGAGUUUCACCUGCUGCACGUCCGCAGAUGGGUGGCUGUGUGUCUGGAUGAGCUGCAGAGUAUGGACCUGGAAAUGCAGGUCCUCCAGAGCAAGGAGUUCAUGAAUCAGGGGUCAUCUAAACCCCCAUCCCACCCAGGGAGGCAGCCCAUGAAGCCCUUCAUCCUCACGAGGGACGCAGCACAGGCUCAGGUGUACGGUGCCGGCUACCCGAGCCUCCCCACUAUGUCAGUCAAUGACUGGUAUGAGCAGCACGCCAAACACGGACAGCUGCCUGACCAGGGCAUCCCGAAGAGGGCGACGCGGGACAACGAGGAGGACGACGAGGAGGACGAGGAGGAGCAGGAAGACGAGCAGUCUCUGCAGAAGGCCAGGCAGUGGGACGAGUGGAAGGACAGCCACCGCAGAGGCUAUGGGAACCGUCAUAACAUGGGCUAACUGGACCCACUAAUGGGCCUGUCCCAUGUAAUGCUGUGGUCAUCCGGAACGGGACAACAUGCCUCUACUCCUGGAGACUGUUUGAAUGUUAGAAACAGACAGCACCAUGGCUCCUGGCAAUCUGUAAAUCCAACCCUCUUCUAAACUCCCCUGGAUCCACUUUGGUGCAAAGAAAAAACAAUGGUUGACCAAUCAGAGGAGCAGGUUCUGGUGGUGGCGGGAUGUGGAAAUCAGGAGCAGCAAGGGGUAGUGUGUGUGCCCCUCCCUCAUGGUUUUGUUGAGUUCUGGGUCUAUCCACCGCUGUUGAGCGCUGACGUGUUUCCUGGUGGCGUGAACACAUGCACCAUCGUCUUUUAUGUGGGUGGGGCUUUGUCUGUGUGUAGUGCUGGUUGUUGGCUGGAGAAGUGGGUGGGGCACACGUGAGAGCAUGUAAGAACAGUGGGAGGAGAAUCUUUUGUGUCUAUGUUUCCUAGGAUGUUUGGUUCUGCUUGUCAUCACUUUCCACCCGUCAGGUGUGCCACCUGGCUUACCUUGCCCCUGCUCAGUUUAGUGUUUGGGCCUGUAGGCAGAUCUGACCCAAAUAAACCUGAAGAUGUUGACCUCUGA